UUUUUCCAAACAAAUAUAUAUAAAGUCAAUAAUGACGAACUAUCAGUCUUGGCGGGCAGACAGGAAACUCCAUUUACAAUCUUCUUGAUUCACAUUAUUUCUUCAAUUCUUCUACUAUUGUCAGGAAAUUGCAAAUCAAGUGGAGUUUGGGAGGCUGGAAGUUUAGCUGCAAAUUUCAAAUAUUUAAAUAUUUCAUAACUCCUGCAUAUUUGGCAUGCUUUAAUGGCAUCAAGGCGCAACGUGAAAUACUCUCACCUUGCCACUGAUGAAGAUGGAGUAAACGAUUACAAUGAUGAUGGCCAUAUAAAGGGAAAACCAUUCGAUCCUCGGUUUGAUUACACACCAAAGUGUCUUGACAAAGUUCCAUGGAAAUCAAUUAUUCUCGCACUGUUCCUUCUCUUCCUUGGUUCAUUUCUUCUCUUUCUAUCUUUUUUCAUUUUCACUGGUCAUAUGGGAGGGGAGCGGUCUCAAGCAUAUGGUCUCCUUGCACUUGGAAUUCUUUCCUUUCUUCCAGGCUUCUACGAGACCCGGAUUGCAUAUUAUUCAUGGAGAGGUGCUGCUGGCUACCGUUUUGCAGCCAUCCCUGACUACUGAGUCUUGUCCCUCAAGAUUUGCACCUCUGGUUCAUGUAUCCACUUUGUAUCUCCUAGUCUAGUUCUUGAUGCUAUAUCACAUGCAUGUUGUAUAGAGCACAAGCUUUUAGUAGGUUUGUACUUACAGUAGCAUUCAGUAUUUUUACAAGUUUUUAUCUUUAAUACUGGUGCACAACGCAGCACUUUUUUUUUUGUUCUGAUUACAUUUUAAACAACACUCGCCCUAACUAAAAGUCAUGCGUGCUGGGUUAUGUA